AUGCAAAGGGUUACCACAAAUGCGAAAAAAAAAUUUAUGGGGUUUUCCUCGGAAUCUCUUCCUUAUGACAUUGCAGCCUCAGAACCGUCUAACAGUGACUUCCCAUCAGGUACAGGAACAAUGUCUUUAGAACAAGCUGUUAAAGAAGUGAACCUUGUUGGUGAACAAAUUUUCGAUCACAUACCGAUAAUUAAGGAAGAAAACCAACGCAUUUACAACAGUUUUGAAAAAAAUGAGCGUUUCAAGGAGUUUGACGGUUUGAUUCGAGCAAGUCACGCACUUAUCGAGGCUGCGGAUGCAACCUUUGAAACUCCCACGACAGAAGAGGAGUUAAGUAGAUUAAACAGUGAAAUAAAAAGUGUGUCAAAUGCGAUUGUUGGGCUAACGAAUCCUUCUUACAAAGAGGAGCAUGAAGAAUAUCUGAAAGAAAUUCGAAAACAGCAGAAUGAACAGAUCCUUGCUGUGGAAACCGAAAUAAAGUCGCAAAUACAGAAGUUGAAAGAAAAAAGAUUGGGUGGUGGGACCAGAAACUCAGAUUUAUCGUUGGACCCAUCUGCAGCAAGCGAAGUUGACUUGAACUGA